AUGGUCAAAGGGAAAGGAAGGGCAUCCAGAAGAGAGGAGGAAGAACAAGAUCCAUAUGGUCUGAACGAAGUAGAUGAAUUUGCUGCUAAAAAUGAAAGAAUUUUGUUAGAAAAUUCCACAUUAUAUAAUGAAAAUGGACAAACUGAUGAAGAUAAACUUGAUGACGAUGAUGAAGAAGCAGUUAUGGAUAUUAGUGAUAUUGAUGAAAGUGAAGAUGAGGAUGAAAAUGAAAUGCAAGUGGAGAGUGAAAAGGCGUACAGACAAAUUUUUGGUCGUAGUUUAAAGGAUGAUCAAAGACCUUUAGAGGAUGAAGAGGCUAUUUUAGAUAACGAGAAUGCCUGGGGUUCGACUAAGAAUGAAUACUAUGGUGCUGAUGAUCUGGAUGACGAUGAAACAGCUAAAGAAAUUGAGAAGGAAGCUUUGCGUCAACAAAAGAAACAUUUACAGGAAUUAAAUAUGACUGAUUAUCUAGAUGAUGAAAUUGAAGAAGAAUGGGUACAAAAUGCAAAAGAGUUUGAUGUCUCUGAAUUCCAACAGUCUACUAGGCAAACUAGUAAUAAUAAUAUUUCAUUGAAAGAUGUCCGCAAUAUGAACCAAGAAUCUAAAGAGAAAUACUUCAAAACCAUGUUUCCAGAAUACCUACCACUUUGUAAGGAAUUUACUCAAUUGACUGAAGUUCUUAAUAAACUGAAAAAUUCAAAACAAGAUAAUGAAUUCGUUAAAAUUAAAGCCAUUGCACUUUCGACAUAUCUUGGUUCAAUUGCUGCAUAUCUAGGUGUGUUAUCCCAUGAAUUUAAUAAUAACGAGGACUUUACAACCAUGAAGAAUCAUCCCGUUAUGGAGGCCAUUUUAACAACCAAGGAAAUAUGGCGACAAGCCAACGAAUUACCAAAUAGUUUUGACUCUAACACUCAAAAAGAAAGGAACACAAAUUUUGAAUAUGAUGAUAAUGAUAUGGUUGAAGAUGUUCAAGAAAUAGAUAAAGAAAUAUUUAACAACAUUCCUGGGAAUGAGAAUAAUGAGACAGACGACAAUGCUGAUAAUAAUAUGGCAAAUGAAAAUGAUAGUGACAACAGUGACGAAGCAGAUCUAGAUGAUUUUGAGGAAUAUGUCGGUCUAUCUCGUAUUGAUAGAAAGUCUCCAAAGCAAAUAAUGACAUUUGCUGAUAAAGAAAGUCAUAAGACUAAUAAUGUCGAACUUGUUGAUGAUUUCGUUGAAUCUGAGAUGGCAGAAAUUGAUGCGCAGGAAAAGAAAAAGAGAAAAAAAUCUUUACGUUUCUACACUUCUAAAAUUGAUCAACAAAGUAAUAAGAAAAUGGAUAGAUUUAUGGGUGAUGAUGAUAUCCCAUACAAAGAGAGAUUAUAUGAAAGACAACAAAGAUUAUUGGAAGAAGCCAGACAACGUGGUCUCCAUGAUAAAAAUGGCACAGACUUGGGUGUCGAUGAUUAUGAUUCCCAAGAAGAGGCUGCAAUAGCAAAAUCGGUUAAUGAUCAAAGUAUAAAUGACUAUUAUCAUCAAAUUCAAAGGAAUAGGGAAGAAAGAAAACAGAGCCGUAAAGAGGCACAUAAAACUGCUCUGAUAGCUGCUAGAGACGGUAAGUUAGCUGAUGCCAUAGAAGCAGUUGGUGAAGAUGGUAAGCGUGCAAUUAACUACCAAAUCUUAAAAAAUAAAGGUUUAACGCCAAAGAGAAAGAAAGAAAACAGAAAUGCACGUGUUAAGAAAAGAAAGAAAUAUGAAAAAGCUCAAAAGAAACUUAAAUCUGUUCGUGCAGUAUAUUCAGGUGGUCAAUCUGGUGUUUAUGAAGGUGAAAAGACUGGUAUUAAGAAGAACUUAACAAGAUCUGUUAAAUUUAGAAAUUGA